CAACUGCUCCGGUCCAGCGAACAGGCGACGCUCGAAUUUCGCACCGCAGACAUUGUCGAGAUUUGGCGAGUGCUAAGAAGUGUUUUCGAAGCUACCGUUGUUUACCACUCGACUCCACUCGAAAAUCAAAAGUGAAAUUAUUCGAAAAAUAUAUCAUAAGAUACAUGUACUUAGUUUUUGUGACCUCCCGCGAGUGUUGAAUUAUUUUUUGAGUGCUUUGUGCGGGUGCAGCGCACUGUUUCGGCUAUAUUUUGUUGGAGUUCAUUGUGUGAGUGCAAAUUAGGAAACGGAAAGUGCAGCCCUCCCUCCUCCAAAUACAACACACGUGCCAGUUUUCUCGGAGCCGUAGAGUUCGAGGCAAUUGAAUAAACGAUCCACAAUCACGAGUCAAUGUGUGAAGGCGGACUCUUCAGCGGCUGUGAAGGAGAGUAAUUGAUAAUAUUGAAUGCUGGCAGGACAUUGCCGAGUGAAAUCCAUUAGUUAACUGGCAAUACAUAAACCGGAGAGUAAAUAGAACACUUUGUUGGAUAACUGCCCUAAAAAAAGGGAUAUGGUAACAGGAGGAUAUCCAGGCGAGUGCGACACGCUGAUUGAGACCGGGUGAACGAGACGAGGACAAACAGACGGCAGGCGAGAGGUGCGGCAACAGGAACUGCAACAAAGAGACAAGGGACUAUAAGGAAAAUGUGCCAAGGGAGGAAUUUAAGGACGUCAGCAGCGCUGGUAAACUUAUUAGCGAAAUGCACGAAGUCAACAAACGGACAGGCGGCAGUCCUUGCAAAGGACAAGGAAUCGGAAAAUCGGGGAAACCUCGUGCCGCAAAAACAACGAGCUAAACGUCAAAACAAGCAGCAGCAACACACACAGCAGUACACGCAGAUGCUGCAGGAGCAGCAGCAACAUCAGGAGCAGCAUAAUCAGCGCCAGCAACAAGGACGUCAAAUAGAGCAAAUGGCAAUGGAGACAAAUGAAGAGGCGGCGGCUGCCAAGGAGCACGAACACCAGACCAAACCGACAGACUCCGAAUGCAAAGGCAAACACAAACACCAACGGAAUCGCAAUAAUGUUGCCGGCGUUCAGCAGCAUGUCCUGCGGUUGCAGUUGGAGCUGCAGUUGCUUCUGUGCGCCCUGUUGCCGACUGCUUUGCUGCUGGGGCUGCUGCCCCUGCCACCUGGCGCCGCAGCCACGGCCAGGAUUUCCAGUGCCAAAGGCCCUGCACGUGAGCUCCUCUUAACCGAGAUGGGCGGAGGAGGAGUCGGGGUCGGAGUUGGCGGCUCCUCCGGCGGAGCCGCACACCCGGCGGGCGGUGGCCCUGGCACAGGCCUCGCCGGGGGAGACGGAGGAGGUGUGGCUGGCAUCGAGUGCCCCAGCUUCGACAACACCGCCUGUCCCUGCUACAAGUUCGAGGAUGGACUUUUCCUGGAGUGUCCCGGCACGACGGCGAUAUCGCUGCGCUCAACCCUCGAGCGAAUAUCGGCGCCGAUCCACUCGCUGUCCAUCUACGACUUCGACCGCUCGGUGACGUCACUAUCGCAGGACGUCUUCCAGCCGGGCGUCCAUAUCAGGCACCUGCAGUUUUCCCACUCGCACCUAGAGGCGCUCAAGGACAACAGCCUGCGCAACGUCCGCUCGAGCCUGGAGUCGCUCAGCAUUGUUAAUGGGAAACUAACGCAGAUGCCAUCUCGAGCUUUGAGCUCGAUGCAAAAGCUAACGGCCCUUGAUUUCGACUACAACGAGAUCGUGCGGGUGGACGACUACAGCUUUUACGGGCUGCGGAUCUCGAAGCUUAAUAUGAAGGGCAACCGGCUGCAGGGAAUGCCGGAGCACGCCUUUGCCGGGCUGGAGGAGUGCAUGCAGGAGAUAGACGUCUCAGAGAACGGCCUGCGCACCUUUCCACUGAUGGCUCUCCGAAAACUGGACCACCUGCGAAUUUUGAGACUCUCAAACAACCGGAUACCCACAUUCUACGGGGACAUCCAGUUGGCCACAAACAAUGCGUCGGCAGCGGCGGCUGCAGUAGGUGCGUUUCAGUUGCCUUCCUUAAUUUUUCUGGACCUGAGCUCCAAUCAGUUUGCCGAAAUCGGACCCGACUGCUUCAGGGCCUUUCCCCAGCUAAAAACUCUCUCCUUCUACGCCAAUCAGAUAGAGUUGGUCCAACCGGAGGCUUUUAAGAGCCUGCAUGAGCUAAUGUCCCUGGACAUGUCACACAACAGGAUUAUAGGAUUAGAUCCCAAGGUAUUCGAGAAGAACAAGAGAUUGCAAACGGUGGAUCUUAGCCACAAUCAUAUACACACUAUUGGUGGGGUGUUUUCGGACUUACCUCAAUUAAGAGAGGUCUUUCUGAGUGAGAACAACAUCCUGGAGCUGCCGGCAGAUGCGUUUACCAACUCGACAAAUGUCGAUGUCAUUUACCUGGAGUCCAAUGCCAUAGCCCACAUAGAUCCCAAUGUUUUCAGCACCCUGGUUAACCUAGAUCACCUGUACUUGAGGUCAAACUUUAUACCCCUCUUACCUGUGACCCUGUUUGACAAGAGCACCAAGCUUACAUCCCUGUCCUUGGACAACAAUGAGAUCCAGGAUCUCGAGAUAGGCAUGUUCCGGAAGUUAGAGCACCUGAGGGAGGUGAGACUGCACAACAAUCGCAUCCGUCGGGUAAGAAGGGGCGUGUUUGAGCCCCUGCCCUCCCUUCAGGAGUUGCACAUCCAGAAGAACAGUAUUGAGGAUAUCGAACCGCGGGCGUUUCACACUUUGGAAAAUAUGCAGCACAUUAAUCUUCAGGAUAAUCAACUAACUGUACUCGAAGAUAUCUUUCCAGAUGAAAAUUCCUCUCUACUCUCUGUGCAGCUAGAAGCCAACUACCUGCACAAAGUUCACCCCCGCGCAUUUCGUCGGCAGCAGAAGGUGCAAAUUAUGUGGCUAAAAGACAAUCAGUUGACCAGAGUGGAAAGGUCUUUCUUCGCUGAUACUCCUCAAUUGGGUAGGUUGUAUCUGAGCGACAAUAAAAUAAGAGAUAUAGAAAAGGACACUUUUGUAAACCUCUUACUACUGCAAUUUCUUGACUUGAGUGGCAAUCAACUGAGACAACUAAGAAGGGACUAUUUCGCACCGCUUCAGGAUCUCGAGGAACUAAGUCUAGCCCGAAAUCACAUAGAGGCCAUUGAAGGUUAUGCUUUUGCCAAGCUUAAGAAUCUGAAGUCUCUGGAUCUUUCUCACAAUCCGCUGGUGCAACUAACCCGGGAUAUUUUCAGCGAUGAAUUGCCUUUAAACUCUCUAAAUUUGGGAAAUUGUUCUCUAAGAAAACUGGACCAACAUGCGUUUAAAUCACUGACCAACCUUAAUGAGCUCAAUCUGGAAAGAAACCAACUGAAUCCAGCGGAUAUUCAAACGCUAGAUAUACCAAAUCUCAGAAGACUUCUUUUGAGCCAUAACAACUUCAGCUAUGUCGGAUCUGUUGGCAUCAUGGCUGGAAUGUUGGAUAGACUCCGCUCUCUGCAGCAUCUUUCCAUGUCUAAUUGUAGUUUGGGGCAAAUACCCGAUUUGCUCUUUGCCAAAAACACAAAUUUGGUAAGACUAGACCUGUGUGACAACCGACUGACCCAGAUGAAUCGGAAUAUCUUCAGUGGCCUUAAUGUGUUUAAGGAAUUGAAGCUUUGCAGAAAUGAACUUUCCGAUUUUCCGCAUAUAACCCUCUAUAAUCUCAGCACUCUGGAAAGCCUGGACCUUGCCCGAAACCAUUUGUCUUCGAUUGAUUUCUUCAAGCUAAGCGGAACCUUAAAUCUUAGGCAACUAAUCCUGAGAGACAAUAAGAUUACCGCCUUGAGUGGCUUUAAUGCCGUUAACCUUACCCAGUUGGACAAUGUGGACUUGAGUGGCAACCUGCUGCUCUCCUUGCCGGCAAACUUCUUGCGUCAUUCGAUCAAUUUGCAGAAGGUUGACUUGUCCAGCAAUCGAUUCCUGCAAAUACCCUCAUCAGCUUUGUCGGAUGUUUCCAUACCACGACUCUCAUGGUUGAACUUGACUGGCAACCCGAUUAACCGGAUUUAUACUGUGAAGGAAGAGCGGUAUCCCUACCUAAAGGAACUCUACAUCUGUCAGACGAACCUUUCCAUACUCACCUCCAAGGAUUUCGAGGCUUUUCAGGCGUUGCAACACCUCCAUUUGGUGAACAACAGAAUUACAAGAAUUUCUCCGGGCGCCUUUAAAUCUCUGACCAAUCUCCUCACACUGGACUUGAGUGUCAAUGAGUUGGAAAUGCUGCCCAAAGAGCGAUUGCAAGGACUUCGACUGCUACGUUUCCUCAAUAUUUCGCAUAAUACCCUCAAGGAUCUAGAGGAGUUUAGCGUCGAUCUCUCGGAGAUGCAAACUCUGGACCUGAGCUUUAACCAGCUGGAUCGUAUUUCAAAGAAGACCUUUAGAAAUCUCCACGGUCUGCUGGAACUGCUACUUAUGGGCAAUCGAAUGACAGUUCUAUCAAACGACGCCUUCCGGUUCUUAAGGAAACUCCAUGUUCUGGAUCUGCGUAAAAAUUAUUUCGAGCUGGUGCCGUUGGAUCCACUAAGGCCCCUGGAAACCAAUUUAAGAACCCUAAGGCUGGAGGAGAAUCCACUGCAUUGCAGCUGUGACGCUCAGAAGCUCUGGGAAUGGCUGCGGGAUCACCGUAAAUGGUCGCUUAUCACGGGCUCUGGAGCAGGAGGAGGAAUAGGCGGACUGACCGGAGGUCUGGGCGGGGAUUCCAUUAAUUACCUAAGGUGCGAACACCCAACGGAGCUGCGGGGCAAGGUGUUCGGCCGGAUGGAGCCGCAGCAGUUUUGCGACGCGCCGCUAAUACCCAAAAUGGCCAUCCAGGACAUUCAGCCCUACUCGGUGGUCGUGUCCUGGCAGGGCCGCGACCAUUUGGGCCUCAAUGGUUUCGAAAUUGUUUAUCACGCCACUGGCGACGGCCUCGUUCCGGCCGGAUCUCCAACGAACCGUGAGCGGGACAGUCACGACCCAGAUAGGCAGCGAAGUCGGGACAAGGAGCAGCGUGCACGAGAGCGAGAUCGCGAAAGGGAGCGGGACAGAGAGCGGUUCCCCGUCGCCACCGAUGAGAUCCAUGCCAAGCGGCUAAAUGGGACGGCCAGCUCGACCAAGCUAACCAAGCUGAGCCCCAAUACCCGCUAUCACAUCUGUGUCAUCGGGAGCGGUAAUUGGCUCUCGGAGCCGCUGGCGAACGCUCUGCAACGGCUCCAUGCCAACGAUUCCUUGCGCGAGGAGGAGGCGGUGAUGAUGUCGGCGGCGCUGCCGGAGUCAUUUUCGCCUUAUCAGCAUCAGCACAACCGGAACUCCAAUGGUAACGCUAAUCCAGCCAUAGUCCAGGAUCACAACAAGAACCAAAAUCCUGACCAGGACCUGGACAACGUCGUCGGUCAGGACAACGCUCUGAUGCAGGUGCUGAAGAACUCUCACAUCUCCGCCUGCACAGAUGUCCAGACACUGGACUCCACGCCCAGCUUGGUCACCGACGAGAACGGGCUUUCCAGCAAUGGCUUCAUUCACACCAUCCUGACCAGAAGGUUGGGCCUGAUUGUGGGCUGCUGCCUGGGCAUCAUAGUGUUCAUCGUAAUGAUCUCGGUUUUGAGUUAUGUCAAGCUGAAGAAGAAGCGCAUCGAAAACGCCAAGCGGCAGGCUGCCUUGCCGCCGGAGUACAUAUCCUACCGGCACUUCUCCAUACCCAAUGAGGAGCUGACCAGGACCGCUGCUAAUGCAGGAGCAGUAGCGGCAGCAGCGAGGGCCGCGUCAGCAGCCGCUGCGAAUAAUUCGAAUAACUCGAAUAAUUCGACCGACGCCGGUAGCUCUCCCCACAUGGCCAGUGUGCCCAGCGGCAUUAGUGCCCACAUUAGCGGGACCAGCCUUAGCACAGGUGGCACGGGCACCGGCUCCACAACCACCACACCCAUCGGAGGCGUACCAAUUGGUGGCUUGCCUCUGGGCAAGGCGGGAAGUCCCCUUGUGGGCGUGGGUUUGGUGGUGGCCGACUCCUCUGUGGACGUAGGUUACGCCCACAGCCACGCCCAUGCCCAUGCCCACCGGCAGAAUAACGGUUACAUGGCAGCGGGCGUGGUGCUCAAUACAAACCACUUGAGCGUGUGUUAGUCGCACCACCAGAAGGGUUAAGUAAAUGCUAGAAGCGUGGGUGCACGUGCCGAGUUGGGGGUCCUACAUUUCGAAAGGAUAUUUUUUGCAUUUCAAUCAAUUCUACAUUCAUCCUUAAUUGACCCUCUUUAAAACUCUUUAUAACAAAAAGUAGAGGGUAACAAAAGUUAAUACAGCUUUUUUCCAACGACUGUCUUUCAGUUCGUUUCAUUUAAGAGUAGAGAGGAGUCCAUGGAACAAACAAAUGUGAAUGUUACAUUAUUAAUUUCUACUUCUAAAUAUUAUAGGAAACUUGUUUAAUUCGGCUAACGAGAAUUAAAAGACAACUUACAAUCUUGACAUAAAUACAUGAAUUGGGUGUGUGUAGUACUUUACAAAACAUUAAUGUCAGCACAUCGGAUCUGAGCCGAAAAUACCGAACAAUAAUCGCUCACCCAUUCGAGAAUAAAUGGAUGGAUAAAUGGAUAAAUGGAUCUGCCGCAUAUGCAGGCUGCAUGUUUUUACAUUGAACACCCAAAUUCGCGCUUCAUAAUUAAAUGUAUAGCGUGAUUUAUUGGAAUUUUAAGUGAAUUCAUCUACUUCGGCACCCCUCUCAAUUGAAAUCUGAAAGCCCUAAAAAAGCAAGCAAAAACUAGUAUAUUUCAUAUUCCAAAUGGAAUCAAAAUCGUUUACCAAUUACCUAGAGCAAGCGCAAAGCCGUUUUAUGAUUUUCAAUGUGCCCAACAUGCAUUUAAUUUACAAUUGAAAGUCCCGAAAAGAUGCAAAAAAAUAACAUAGAAAAAUUAAGAAAAUCUAGGUUAGUGAUAAUUAUGAAGAUGCGUUCAACGUUCGUUUAGUUAUGACAAUUGAUGGUAGAGCACAAUGCGAAAAUCGAAAGGCAAUGUGGAUUUUUCAAUGUAAAUAAAGUGGAAUCAAAACGAAAUCUCAGCCGUAAACGUUGCAUCCAAAUCAAAUAAAGCUCUAAAUAAUGCUAUCUAUAGGAAGUACACACAAGGCCCGUAAAAAUACAAUUAUACACAACUGUAAUGGAAAGCACACAUGCAGAACAUUUUUUUGAACUAGAAUUAGCGAAUGGAUAGUGGAUGAGCGAUUUUUGUGUUUUUUUUUUAACCGAACGCUGAGAAAUCAAGGAUAAACUAGUUAUACAAAAUAAUUAAAAGCGGCAAGACAUAUUACCAAAAGUAGCUAAAUAACUAUAAAAACAUAAAUAGUAAUAUUAAUUAGUUUAAGUGCAGGCCCCAAAGUAUGGAUAAUUGUUAGCAGAACUCAAAGAGUUUCAUAUACAUACAUUUUUUCUCAUAGUUAACUAUAUGGUUUUCCUAAUUUCGAUUCGAAAAGAAAUUAAAUAUGCAUAAAAAACAAAGCAUUUCUAGAAAAUUAAGCAACCGAUUCAAGUGAAAUGAAAUCAAAACAACAGACAAAAACACAUUCUCACACCGAAACAAAGAGCUAAGGCGUCUUCAUUAUCGGUCCCCAUUUCUUCCUGUGUAAGCUUCUGUGUGUCUGGACUUCUCAAAUAUUUUAAUAUUGUUAUAUGCGAGAUACAACAAAUGUAGUAUGCAUGCAUGAAACUUAGGAAGCAAACAAUAACAAUACCCAGAGGAAUACUCGUAAGAACACAACAUGCAAAUCAAAAUCAAAAAAUCAAACUUAAGACAACACGAAACGAAAAGGAAAUAUAAAAUUAAACAAAGCUUUGUUCUGCUCUACAAAAAGUCAGCACAUAACGAUGCAUUCGUUACCAUGCAAAAAGCCCUUUCUUCGAUUCUUGUUCAAUUGUAGGGACUAAAAAGCGGAAACACAAAACACACACAAUGCAGAGGUAAAAAAUAAACAAAUAUACAGCAAACAUACAAUAAAUGUAAUAAAUUAAAACGCAAAAAAACCCAAAAUAUUGUAUGGCAUGCAACACAAAGUAUAAAUAUUAAUAAAUGACAAGAAACUU